AUGGACAAGUUCACGACGCUGGAACCAGUGAGGCUGUAUGUGUCUGGCACGUCGACGAGCGCUCGUGCGCCCAAAGGCAGCAAAGGGGCGAGUGGUGAGCGAACGGUAGGACGGCUGCCCAGAGAUCUUCACGUGCUCGUGCUCAGUCACCUACCGAUUCCGGACAUACCGUCGUACAGUAGGUGUUCUCGCGCGACAGCCAAGCUUGCGCGGGAAGACAGGAUAUGGGACUUGAGAUGGGCAGCCUUGCAGGUAGACACCCUGGGUCUCUCCGCCACACUGGAUGAAAUAGAGGCCAAGCUGCAGCCAAAGUCCAAUGCCUCCCGCUCACCGCCCACCAUACCAGUCCAUUCCCUCGACGACGACUUUGGUGACUUUACCACCGCAAACAGCUCUGUCUCCCUCUCAUACCCUGAUUUCCCCGGUUUCACCACCUCACCACCACAGCCAAUGCCCUCAAAACACUCUUCCCGCGCCAGGUAUAUGCGCGCACACAACAUUCUGAAGCAGUGUUUGACACCUUUGUCCUCCCCCCCUCACACCGUUCUUUCAGAGCUUUCAGAACUUCUUAACACCACUCUGAUACAGCAAUCCAGGAUCUUGCAUCUGCUUUCUCUGUUCCUCUCUCCGCGCGUGCAACCAGUUAGAGCUUGGGUUGCAUCCUCAGCAUCCCUCCAUUCCGCAAUCGACAGGUUCGACUCAGGUCUUUUGACCGCAUUCGACACUGCAGAUAGCAAAGGCGACGAAGUCGGCAUGCGAGAUGCCGCCCAAUCGAGCUGGGAAGUCUGGACAGGACAAGGAGACUGGGAGAUGGGUAAGGUAUGGGCUGAAAAAAGGGAGAUAUUCUACGAACAAGGUCGCUGGGAUCCUCUUGCCAAUUUCACCCAGGAUGGUUUACUCGAUUUUGAUGCGAUGGAUAGUUUCAUGACGAACACGCUAUCUUCACUUGAAGAACAUGGGGCGAGAGCUGUCCGUGUCUUUCCACCCGCCUCACGCGUACUUCUAGGAUUUGCAGAACGCGUUGCCACCGAAGUGGUAGGCGAAUAUAUCUCGCCAUUGCUCACCCGCGCUCGCGAGAUCUCUAAUGAGGUAUACUUAAAAGCUACCGCAGCAAGCUUCCGGGAAGCUUGGCGCAUUGUGGAAAUCAUAGAAAAGGUCUCCGGUGAACGAAAGGAUUCAAAUGUAUCCCGUUCGCAAGCUGAGGAUGUUGUCUAUCGUAUGUAUGAGGUCAACAUGGACGAAUAUCUGGACGAAGAGGUCGAAUCCCUGAAACAGAUAUUUGAGGUGAUCUGCCGUCGAUGGGAGAAUACAAUCAGCGGCCAGGCUACAAAACCUAUUAAUACAGCAUCAGCCACUCGCUUCCUCAAUUCUCAUAAUCCUGCUCAAGUCAAAAGAAAUGUGCUUGCGUCAUUCACAGACAUACUUCUUCUUCCAGUGACCAUCGUACCCCGUACUGUCGGUGCAGUCGGUGCAGUCCUAACGACUGGCGGUAAUGCAGCUGUGCAGGGUAUCGCAAUGCUCAAUCCCCAGCGAUGGGUGGGCGGCGAACAGCGAGGAUACUCCAAAGACCUCGAAAAGGACGACAUGCCCGAUGGGGUAGUCUUCGAGAUCGGAGAGGAUAUUUCAGUGCCCGCAUUGCACGCUACAAACGGCAACCUAGACAAGCUUGAUCUGUUGCUUUCUUUAGAUGUUUCCUUAGAGCUUAUUCAUGCUGACCGAGAGGCUUUGAAACGCGCGGAAACGUUUGCGGCCUAUCCCGGACAUUACGGUCACCGUGUACGCGAUACUAUUGAGGAGAUCUUCAUAUUAAUGCUUCAAGGUAUGAGUGGCCGGCAUAUAGCUCCUGGGUUUCAGUUAGCCACAGAGCAAAUGACCUCGUAUAAGCCUGCUGAGCACGAGGAGACGACAAGUGUAGAUCCCUUGCUUCAGUUCUUCGAGCUUGUCCAUGUUGGCGAUACAAUCCAGUCCAUGGUCCAGGUUUACUUUGAUAAAGAAUUGGCCCCACACAUUGAUCGCACUGACUUCUUGAAUGCGGUUGUUCGUGAAAAGAAGCGAUUUGAGAAUGUCUUAGAUGAUAGCGUGGCCGCCGGACUUAACGCUGGCACACAGGUCUUGAUGAAUCAAGUGGAACACAUUAUUUUGACACUGACCAAACCUCGUGAAUAUUACCCUCCAGAAGAUGCACCCCUCGAACUUGGCCCGACACAAGGAUGUACCGAGGCCAUCAAAUGUCUGGAGACACACUGCAAACUGUUAAAAGGAAGUACAAGUAAGGAAGUCCUGGAGGUUUUCUAUCAGGAGGUGGGGAUUCGGCUCAUAGGUAUCCUGCAGAAGCACAUUAAAAGGCAGAUUAUAUCGCUCAACGGGGGAUUUCAAGUUAUCGCUGACCUCAAUGCGUACUAUACAUUCAUCUCGUCUCUCAAAGUAUCAAGCAUCACAGCAGAUUUCUCACACCUGAAAAUGCUGGGCCAUGUCUUUGUUGUCGAGGACGCCAAAGAUCUUGCGCAGAUUGUGAGAGAUGUUACUAGGUAUGGCGGUGCUUAUCGACCCGAGGAUGUCUACGAAUUCAUUCAGCGACGUUCUGACUGGAAAAAAAUCGAAAAGACGGUUGAUAAAACGAUGUAUAAUUUAAGCUUCAAGGAUGAUUGUAUUAUCAGUUGA